UUGAUGACACUGUUAGUGAUAUCAGCAGAAGAUGGCGGAUAUACAUGUGUUUUUGUUUUGUUUUUAAUCUGACAUCUGUAAUGAAUACAUAAGCGGACAAUAAUACUAGUCGCCAGGCAGAUGCUUUCAGAAGCAUUUAGAUCAUGGGUACAUGUAAUGUUUGUGUCUUAGAUAGUUUAAAUGUAAAUAAGUAGUUUAAUGUAAAUAUUUAGUGCUGAAUUUUUCUAUAAUCAAAUUUUACUUUUUAUAAGAAAUUACAGUUUUAUUUAAACACUUUUAAUUGUGAAUAUCAAAAUUAUGUAUACAAAGAAAGCUGUGAUGAAUUUUGUGUUAUUUUACCUUGUGUCAGUUGUUGCAAUAGUAUUAUCUCGUAAUGAUCCGAAAAACGAUCCAAGGAACAGCAGUGACUUGACUUUAUGGAUUGAUGAAAAACAAGUGAAAAUGUUCAGUGGUGUUUCAAUGGAAAUAUAUGCCAUAGUAAAUGGAAAUGUACUGCCUUACAUACUAGAUCCUAACUUUGAAAACUAUUUGCCAGUAAUACCUUCUGAAGUGAGCUACGUUAAUUUCACAUGGAAAGCUGGCAAUAAAAAAUAUUAUUAUCACUUUGACAAACUUGAAUCUUCUGAUGAAAGUGUUUUGGAAGCUCCAGUGAUUUCUAUAAAAACUAAAGGCAGGGUUCCGAAACGGCCCAAAGAAUUUAGUAUAUUUUUACCAUGUCUGGGAAACAGUUCGGGUAUAGCCAGAUUUGAAAUAGGCUUACUUAUAGAAACUAGAAAAGGAAAAUCACUUAAUGGAACCCCUCUAAGGUUGAAACUUAAAAAAGAAUGUUCCUUCUCGCAAAGAAGUCCAGACCCAGAGUGUGAUAAGAAAUGUGCUAAUCAAGGAUGGUGUAACCAUGAAAAAAUCUGCCAGUGUCCAGAAGGUUACAUGGGCCAAUACUGUAAGACAGCUUUGUGUUAUCCACAAUGCAUGAAUGGUGGUAAUUGUACCUCCCCUGGUGUAUGUAGUUGUCCACCAGGAUUCCAGGGAACCCACUGUGAAGGUGGUAUCUGUAGUCAAAAAUGUCUUAACGGAGGCAAAUGCGUACAAAAAGAUACUUGUGAGUGUUCUAAGGGAUAUUACGGCCCCAGAUGUGAGUUUUCCCGCUGCAUUAUUCCUUGUCUUAAUGGGGGACGUUGCAGGGGAGUCAAUAAAUGCAAAUGCUUGCGGGGUUUCAGAGGCGACCAUUGUGAAAUUGGAAGGGCUAAACCCGCGAGAGCAGCUUGUAACCUAAAUUGCCGACAUGGUUCCUGCGCACCUGAUGGGGAGCCUGCUUGUAUCUGUGAAAAGGGUUGGCAUGGACGAUUAUGUCAACAUGCUAAAACCUUAUAGUUAAUCUAUGUAGAUUAAUUUACUUAUUGUUAUUUUCCUUUAUAUGUGAUGCCUAAUAAAUUGUAUUUUUAUAUAUAAACAUAUUUUUAAUUUGUUGUGAAGCUCUAUUCUUUUAAAUAAUUUAGGAUAAUAACAUGUCUGACUUAUUUUAAGUUGCU